GUGGCAACGCUCAAGUGCGUGCGGAGAUAUGUUUAUGGUAACAAUGCGACAAGACUUUCGGAUGUUAGAAUACGAGCUUCUCGAGGGAUGGCGAUGACGAUCAGAUCGGGGAAGAUGAAUGGAGGAAAGGAAUGUAAUCUAGAGCUGCUGUCAUGAUAACGUCUAACUCAUAACGAAGUCGCUGAACGCAAGAGCACUCCGUACUCGAGAGGAUGAAGGAGUGAUGAGAAGGAAGAAUGACGGGGAGAGGGAGAGCGAGGACGCUGAGAGAAGAGAAAAGCAGCAUCGAUGAACAAAGAAUGGAUCGUCUACGUGGGAUAGCUGCCCGGUUCGCAGAUCCGAUAAUUGUUCGUGCCUGUAUCAGGGGUAGAAGUGGUCCAGGUCUCCGUAAUCCAUCAAGACAAGAUGGGGCUGAGCCGGCGGACGGGAGGGGACCAGUGAAAAGAAAUUGCAAGCUAGAAGCGCAUUGCGCCGAUUACAGGGACCCCCCUCCUCGUGGCCAUUGUGGAAUCCCAGCGGCCAGUGCCCAGCACACAAUCGAAGCAGCUGUGCUGACUGGCGACUGUGUAGAACAAUCCCGAGUCCACCUGACAGCGAGGGCGUCGAAAUUGGAUCUGCACGACGCACAUACGGUAACCAUAGGCCGGCCGACAGCAGAGUGGGUCGGGGUCGAGGAGGGGCAGGUCAUGUUAGAUGCCCGACCCUGGGCCGCUAUUGGAAGUCCAGCACUAACGGAGGAAUGUGACAGUGCCGAACAUUUUUUUUUAAAAUUAGCUGUUCCACUCUCGGUGUUCUCGUCACACAUGCCCCUCUUUUGA